GAUCCAGACUUUAUUCCCGAGGACUUUGAGUAGGGGUUCCGUUCUGCACCCAACCUUGCUUGUGGAUAAGGUCACCCGCAGGAAGCUUCGUAUGGCGCAAGGCUCUGAUGACCUCUUUGUGCUUCACGUUCUUGUUUGGGUUGUAGAUGUUGUCCCCGCGAUAGUGGCGCUUCACUGCCCAUUACCGCAUAGAGUUGUACGGUGAUGUACCACCUAAUGUAAUAAAUGAGUAGUUGUACUGUAUCGAGUACUUUUCCUUUGUUCUGGAAUGCAAUCCCAGAAGAAGGAAGAUAAGUCGAGUAGUUGUCAAGGGAUGUGAGUGUUUUCUUUUUCCAGAAUGUAAUCUGAGAAAAGAAAUUUGUCUCAGAAAAUCCCAUUUUUAUCGUAAUUGGUAACUGACUGUUACUCUUAUGCGUAUUUACCUUUUGCCACCACUAUUAUUAUAAAAUAGAACGGUAAACUAGGUUUUACCCCACCGGCCGCCACUCCCCUCUUUACUGUUUAGAUCUGUUCUUGCUCUUUGCCUCAAGCUUCCAGAUCUAAAGCUCCUUGCUGCCUCUUGCUCCCAAAUCCCUUAGGGUUUAGCCGUUGUAUGCGCGUGAAGCGCCCUGUCGAUUUCCAGAUGGCUCCCAAGAAGACAAGCAAGGGCAAGGGUGUAGCCGCGGAGCCAACCCGCGAGGAAGGAUGGGUACCAAGUAUGUGUUCAAUCUCCGACUUGGAAACCCUAGUUUCAGAUGGUCUGUUGCCGGUGAAAUCCGUCAUCCAAUGGCGUCCUGCCUUGGGUGAAGAUCGUCCGUAUGAAAAUACGGGCGAAAUCGUAGCUUUUGCCCCUUACUUUGAACGGGGAUUGAGGCUCCCAUGUUUGGUUUUCUUCUCUGGGCUUUUGCGUUACUACAGGAUCUAGCUUCACCAAUUGACCCCCAAUUAUUUUGUUCAUAUUUAUAUCUUCAUGCAUUUGUGCGAAGCUUUUCUGGGCAUCGAGCCCCAUUUUGAGCUCUUUCGAUUCCUUUUCCAUCUUAAGCCGUAGCCAGAUUCCUAUGAUUUAGAUGUAGUAGGAGGUACGGGUCUUCAGCUUAGACAGGGUAAGGAUAAAAUGUACAUCCCCUAUAAGCUUAGUAGCAAGAUAAUCGACUGGAAACCCAAAUGGUUCUACAUAGAGAACCAAUGGGAGAGCGUACCACUGAUUACUCCAGGCCCUCCAAUUCAGUGGCCUGAGUGGAAUAAGAAACCAGUCAACAACAGUCAAAUUUCCAAGCUACUCACACGGAUUGCCGAGCUUAGGCAAAAUAAUUUGACUGGGGAAUCUAUUGUGUUUGACUGGAUGAAAAGGAUAAUCCAGCCACUACAGGCUCGGGAAACAUUUGGUUUCCAGUAUCAGGGAACAACUGAUGCAUCAUGAUACUCAGAGGAAGAGAUCUCGGAUGAAGAAGUGUUUAGUCGGAUUCAGCGACUGCUUAAGAAUUUGAAAGAUGUACCUGUUGUCCCUGAUACCUUCUCAGCCAUAAACCCUCCAAACCAGGUAAGUACUAGAGUAGUCAAAAUGUAAUGAUCGAGUAUUUUGAUCUAGUAGGAUUCUGACAGGGUUUGUUUUUCUGUAGGAGGACGUGGAGCCUUUUAAGAGCAGUCCUCCGUUGCCAAGCACUAAUCACCUUUUUAUUUUUUUCUAAGCACUCUUAUACUGUCAACCAAGUCCAAGAAUCUCCUCAUGGAAUUUCACAUAAUCAGUACUAAUAUCUGACUUUGGUUGUGCAGAUGAAGAGGCAGCUGGGGAGAAAAGUGAUGGGGAGCACAACCCCACUCCGAACGCAGAUACCCAAGCGGGACAUCCGAAGGGUAUGCGGUCGACGGUGAGUAAGCGUAGCAGCUCCUUACAAGCUACCAGUGACAGUGAUACGCUCCUGGAGGCAAGGGGAGACAUUGAAGAUGAUUCAGUCCCUAAGUCGACAGCAGAAAAGCCCCCGAGUACUCCAGCUAUGGAUGCUCAUGAAGCCGAGGAGAUGGCGAAUUCUAUGCUUCUGAAUUCUCCACUCCCUGAUGCUGAGAGGAGCGAUGAAAGAAUCUCGGAGGAGGAUGGAAGCGACAGGCUUCCAAAAGAGGGAGGCGGCGAGAAGCUUUCUAAGGAGACCCCUACAGGGAAUACUGCGGAAAAAGUUGAUGAAGUGCCGCAGAAAACAAUCUCCGUGGUGCAGGCGACUACUUCCCAGGUCUUGUCGGGUGCUGUGCCGCAAGAGAAGUUGAAGCUUGCUUUCAAGCUGUUGGGGGUGUUAGAGCAGGGAAGCAGCCAGCCCCAGGACAAUUCAGAGCUAAAUGCUCUGAGAGAGCAGGUGAAGAAGCUCUCGUCCGAGAAGGCUGCCUUCAAGAGAAGAUCAAAAAACUCUCCAAGGCCAAAAAAGAUGAGAUUGAAAAGCUCAAGAAGAUCAAGACGGAUUCUGACCAGGAGAUGGCGACAGUCCUCAAGCAACUCAAGGACCUAUCAGAAUCUCGAGACUUGAUGCAAUAGGAGCUCGAAGAGCUUAGAGAUGUGAAAGAUGCUGCUCAAGACGUGGCAAAGCUUGUGGAGAUCCCAGAGGGGAAUGAAGAUAAACCGCUCACGUUGGCAGGGAGGCUUCACAAAGUACCUGAAAGCUUUGAAAGGUACGUCUCCACAACCACCCGAAUGUACGUAGGACAUGUACUCGGGUUGGUAAAGUCCUACUGGCCACGUACUCCACUUGAUCCGCUUGGGCAGGGCGCGAAGGCUGAUUGCAGUGAUGAGCAAUUCAAUCAGUAUCUGGAAGAAACCUCUGCUGUUGCAGACAAGAUAGUGGAGACCUUGAACAAGGUCGGAUCUCCUUGAACUGUUCAUGAAAUUGUUUGGUGUUUGGUGCCACAAGAACUUUGUCUUGUACAAAUAUUUAAAUUUGUGUAUCGUCGAGUACUUGUUUUGUGGAAGGAUUGAGCGAUCC